AUGCCAGACCCACGGCAGGUGGUGUUUCUGGUACAUCGGUGUUUCCUUGAUGAAACACAUAUCAAAAAUUACGCCGAGCCGCGACGACUUCGCGACCACUUAAAGGAUUUGCACGGAUUUCAAUUCCCCGUGGGAUUGAAAUCAACAAGGCGUUACAAUACCAAUGGAUUUCUAUACCUCCGUCACGCAGACAGCAGUGAACGCACGCGCAUUCUAUAUGCUUGUCCUUGUUGCCUGGGCCAUUAUGACAGCUUAAAUGGUGUGGCCAGCCAUUUCUUCGACGAGCAUACGGACUACCUGCCG